AUGGUUGAAAGGUUAUCUGACGAAGAUAAGUCGUUAUUCAAGGAGGCGUUCAAUAGUUUUGUUAAAGAAGAAGGAGGCCCUAUUCAGGUUGAACAAGCUGGAGACGUUUUAAGAAAAAUGGGUCUUACUCCGACACUCGAAGAAAUAGAAGAAUACAAACUGGAAAUUGAUCCACAGUAUAUGGGUGACAUCAGCUAUGAGACAAUGUUAGAUUUAUACGCCAAACUCGUAAAACCGCCACAUGAACUUGAAGACGAAAUAGCAAAGGCAUUCAGAAUUCUGGAUAAGGAUAAAAACGGAUUUAUUGAUGCUACUGAACUUCGAAAUACAUUGACUACCAUUGGAGAGGCAUUAACAGAAGACGAAGUUGACGAAAUGAUUGCCUACAUGGACACGAAUGGGGAUGGCAAAAUUCUUUAUGAAAAUUUCAUUAAAGACGAACCGGGACCUACUGCGGCACCGGAGGAGUAA